ACGUUUCAUUUAGUGCUGAGCAGUCGCUUUGAACGUUUGUAAUUUUGUCAGCGCGCUCUUCUCCUCGCUGAUGGUGUAGUAUCAUUAUACUUUUUUCACUACUAUUCUAUACGAUACUUGUGUGAUUAUUAUUGUUGUAGUAUCUAAUAUUUGUGCUGUACUUGGUACUAGGCGUUCAAAGAACAUAGAACACAGAAGAACGUUGGCGCUCUCUCGCCUUAGCUGCUGUUUAACUUGAAUAAUAGUGAGUGGAGUGUUUUGUUUUUAUUCCUCGCAAAGACGCUUUGAUUUCGAACGCUUAAAAAAUACUACGGAACAGCUUGUUUGUUGUGUGACGCGCGCUUUACUGGAUAUAAAAGUUGAUUCAGAAAGUAAUCAUUGAUUAGCAUUGACAAAUAUAUAUUUACGUGCGUUCAUAAUAGUAGCGCUGCGAAAGUGGUUCUUAAAAUAGUAAAAAAAAAUAAAGAAAAAAUAAUCGUCAUAUCGCAAACGGAGGCCAGCGCGUGAAGACCGCUCGAAUAUAUAGACAUUAUAAGUAUACUUGGUGUGUUGGGAUCUAUCGACGUCGGCUAUAGGAGAUUGUGUCCACUGACACCUGAAAUUUACUCAAUACACAUACAAAAGCCGGCGUGUUGUGUACGUGUGUAACGGUCACGCAAAAAAACGCAAGAGCGCGCUGAGUGGAUACGACAACGAGGCUAUCGAAACGAGUCAGACAAGAGACGGGGUCUUGAGAAUUGUGCUGAUGUGUGUGUGUGUGCACGUACAAGCUGUUCUAUAACGGACUUCAAAAAUUAAAGCAAAAACGCAUAAAUUCGAAAGAGGAAAAUCAGCAAAGCAGUAGGAAUUAUUAUUCUUAAAACAGAAAUAAACAAUUAAUAUAACAACAAAAUGCCUACAAUAAGACGUUGCUGCAUCGUGGGUUGCCUUUCUAAUUCCCGACAGAGCCCACAAUUGCAGUUCUUCCAAUUCCCCCGCCCGGAAAACCCAUUCUAUGGUCUCUGGAAGCAGGCAUGCCAUGCUUCGCUCAAUCGCAUUUUACCCUUCAAAAAGCCUGUUGUAUGUGCACUACACUUUCAUCCAAAUCUUAUAGGCGGCCGAAGAUUAACAUCAUCAGCUGUGCCAUCGCUACGCCUAGAUGUACCCAAUGAUUUGAAAGCUGUCGAACAACAAGCAAUGGUUGAGGAAAUAGAGAGAAGCCGCAAAUGUGCAUACAUCAAUGCAGUUGUUUAUGAAUGGUUGGUGCGUGCGAACUUGAAUCCACAACUUCGUGGUUCCAUAACACACGGCAUGAUUAAGGAAAAAGCCGCUACAGCAGGACAACUCGUGGGUUCAACCUCAUUUGUCGCUGACAAUCGUUGGCUGAAUAGAUUCCGUGAGACACAUUUAAGCGGCUUUGCACAAAAAUUAGCUAGCAAUCAGUUGAAACCACUCGGCGUAUCUUUGUGGAUUCCCGAUAUUGUACAAGAUCUGCAGCAUCUCUUUCCGCCAACUAGUGCUGAACGUGUAGCGAAAUUAGAAAGCCUACCUGAACAGUAUAUGGACUAUAUGCAACAGUAUGGUGAAUAUGAAGAGGAUGAUGAUCAGGAUUCACAGGGUGCAUCCCUAAAGGAUCAACAACAGAGCCAUGCUGGAUAUGACGCAUAUGGUCAACCAAUACCAAAUUACAAUGGCGGUUAUGACAGCUAUGAGGGAUACUACGAUCAACGUCAAAACCAACAUAGUAAUUAUAGUUCCCCACAACCCCAACGUCCUGCCUCGAAUUCGCCACCUCUGCAACAGCUACAAAAAUUAGCCUCUCCAGCAUAUCGUGCCAGCCCAAUACUACAACCGCCUGCGAAACGACCUCGUUCCAAUGACGGUGAGGUCAGCGAAAUAACAGCAACAAAUGGUAAUAACGUAACCGAUUUGACUAGCGAUUGCGAAGUAAACGAUUGUGAUGUUAAGCCAAUUAAACUCAAUGGUACAGCAACACCAACAUCAAAUGGUACUAAUGGCCACACACCAGCUGCUUCGCCGAAACCCACAAUGAAUGGUACUACAAAUGGUAAUAGUGGUAGUACAAAUGGUAAUUCAAAUGGUACUACCAAACAUGCGGAUGUCGAGCUCUCGUCCUACACACAGGCGCUCGAACACCUUAAACCUUUGGAGGAGUUUGCACUUUCAAGGGAGAAUUUCCGCGCAAUCGGGCUAAUAUCACAAUUAGAGGUGAUAUUACGAAAAGGUGAAAAUAAACAUUUGGCGGCGGUGCUGAAAAAAAGUACACACGGUGUUAUAAUACAAUCAGCCACGACGACGUCUACAACGGUGUCAGCCGCUCCGGCGUUCGCAUCGGAUACGCCGAAGCAACAACAAAAUUCGCGACGUCGUCGUCGAAUAGUCGAACCGCCGUUAUUUAGUGCCAUCAACACGACGACGACCACGACUAGUCGUGUCGGCCGACGCGUGCGCCUGCCCGUGCACCUCGCCACAUCGGUGACGUCGAGCGCGGCUAUAAGGGCGGCCACGGUGUCAUCCUCGCUGGGUCCGAAAAAAUUGCGAAGUUUGCGAAAUUUGUUGUCGCGCGGCAAGCGAAAACCCCUCCGUGUGCGUAGCACCAGCGGCGGCAGCAGUGCUCAACAACAACAACAGCAGCAGCGACCACAACAACAACAACCGAGUGUUGCUGAGCAGCAGCACCAGCAGGUUCAUAAUAAUAUCAAUAGGCAUAAUACCCAGAAUAGCAUUGACAGCAAUUGUAAAAGCAAUAACAACAACAACAACACAAACACAGUUCAACACAACGAAAAUGCGAUGAAAGUGAAGGAGCGCGAAAAGGUAGCCGAAAAGCAUGCGAUUGCAGCCGAGGAGUUAGAUGACAGUGACGACGACGCUAAUGAAGAUGGCGCCGAUGGCUAUAAGUCUGAGAAUAACCCCCCAACAGCGUUGGCACAGCCAUUCCACGAGAAAAUGCUCUACGACACACGAAUACGUCGGAAAAAUGUGUUGGCGCUCAACGAGAAAGUGGCCGCGAUACGCGAGUACGAAAAGUCGCCGGUGUACAAGCGCAUCGGACGCAUGUUUCACUGCAGUCCCGACCAGAUCAAGCGCAUAGUACAGCAGAAAGACAACAUACUCGAGGCUUGGGAGCAGCGUACACGUCGCUGUCACGAUGCAAAAACGCUCGAAAUGAAAGUGGUGCGCGUGUCGAUGCUGGGCAAAGCGGUCUUCGAUUGGCUACGCCGCAUGAUCUACUACCAGGACAUACAGAUAACGGAUGGGCUCAUACAGAAGACGGCGCUGCAGUUUAAAAGCGCCAUGGGUCUACAGAAUUUCUUUCCGCAUCAGGAUUGGUGUGAUAAAUUUCGACAGACAUACAAAAUCCACACAACCGACAGUAAACUGCUGAAUAUUGGCUAUACACAAGGCUAUUCUGUGCAAAUAAAGGAUGUCAUGAAGGACGUGCUCAACGAGUGUACACCGGAUGCGGGCAGCAAGACGCAACCGAUGGAUGACGAAGACAAUGACGAUGAAGUGGAAGAGAUUAAGGAGGAGUGUGAUAAUACGGAAAAUACGAAAGCGCACGAAGGUGAUGCGGAGCAGGAGGCAAAGCGGAGACGACUGAAGGCAGCCGGUAAUCUACAAAGCGCUAAAAGCAAUGUUGCAGGCAACAUACCACAGCCAACUGGUAGCACACUAAAUGCAACUGGCAAUCCAAUUGUGAAACGCAUAAAUAUCACAAACCCCAACGGGAAUAUGUCGAAUAAUCAAUUAGCCGCCAAUUUACAAAAGAAGAACACGCCGUCACCAGCCAUGCACAAUCUUGCAGCACCGCAAUUGGCACCAUUCCGUCAACUGGUCGCAUUGCCACUACAAGGCAAUGUCGCCGGCAUGCCGCAAAAGGUGCUGGUGGCCACACCCAUAACGCCGGCUGGUCAGAUGCCAGGCGGCAAGCCAAUGACCAUGACAAUCAUACCGCUGGCGACUAUCGCACAAUCGCAGAGCAUGCAAGCAGCUGCGGCCACAGCCACAGCCGCGGCAACUGCAACAGCUGCAGCGACUGCCACACCGACUGCACUAACUGCCGCGCUGGCAACAACAACCGCUACUGCCGCCACACCUGCGUCGGAUGCCGAGAAAUCCAAUGUGCCACCACCGAUGCUGGAUAUUAAAAAGGAAAUCAAGCAGGAGCCGCAGGAGCCCGUUGAAAUCAAACAGGAAUAUAUUUCAGACGCGGAGGAUGAGGAGCCAACGGAGCAGGACCACCAACAGCCCACUGAGGUUGCUGUGAAAACAAACACUGCGUUGCAAGCGAAUGCCAUUAACAAUAAUAGCGCGCCAUUUACACCAGAAGGUGAUACAUCCUCCAGUGGUAGUACGGAUGUUGAGGAGCGUGUUCGCGCGCCUGAAACAGCCGAUGAUGACAAUAUAGCUUUAGCCAAUUUGCGGCGACUCAUACAGACGCAAGGUAAACUUGUUGCAACUUCAACGCCAUCCGCAACCGGUGUACGUCCUACCGUCUCGUCGGCCGUGCCGCCUUUAGCACCGAAACCCAUUUUAUUACCCGCUCCAUUAAACCCCAGCACAUCCGGCACGACUGAGCGUCAGAGCUUGCCAACAUCGACGACUGCCAUUACUUGCAUACCCGCCGCCAAUAUAUCCGCCAUGAGUAGAUCCCUAUGCUUUACGCCGCCAUUGCCGCCUUUGACGAAGGCACCGGAUGCCGUUAUAAAUCGCUUGGCGAAUAAACGCAAACACGCCACAAACAAUAUGCCACUGCUGCCGCCCAUUAAGUCCUGCUCGGAGGCGCGUAAAUAUCUGAAACUUUUGGAAGAUUUCGCGCUGGUUAAAGAGAACUUUAGACUGAUCGGCUUGAUCACGCGUGCCGACGAAGUACUGCGCGAGCUUGAUGGGGACGACGACGUGGAUGUGGACUGAGUUGUUGUUUACAAACAAACUUCUAGUUUAAAAAUAAUACGCACAUACACAUCUGUUGUACAUCUGUUGUACAUAUGUAUGUGUAUCCAUGCGUAGAAUGUAAGAGUAUAGCUUUUUCUAUGAAUACCAAAGCCGGUAAUUGUUACCAUAGUUUGUAAGUAAAGUGGGAAAACUUAUGUACAUACAAACAUACUCCUGUGAGUAUGUACAUAUGUAUGCAGCCUAUAUACAAAUCAAUUUUUUCACAUACUAUAUAGAGGUUUAUAUACAUAAACACAUAUUUCUAAGUAGAAGUGCACUAGGGACACGUCUAUGUAUAUAGUUACUAAAUUACAUACAUACAUACAUACAUACUCCUCCUGUAUUGGAGUUACCCAUUUUUGUUUUGUUUAUUUUAUAUGAAAUAUUUUAUUUUUAAGUGAAUAUCAAUACUGUAUUUAAUUUUUUUUUCACAUACAUACAUACUUACAUAUAUUUGUACGUUAACAAUGAAAUAUUAUUCUUACCCACGUAUGUGCAUACAUUUUUUAGAGAAGCUACCAAUUAAUUAAAAGUUGAAUAAAAAGGAAUUUGA